AUGCCAAUUAAACGUAUUCACGCGCGUGCUAUCUACGAUUCUCGCGGUAAUCCAACCGUUGAGGUUGAUUUGACAACAGAGAAAGGUAUUUUCCGUGCCGCUGUACCAAGUGGGGCUUCAACUGGUAUACACGAAGCACUUGAACUGCGAGAUAAGGACAAAGCAGUCCAUCAUGGAAAAGGUGUCUUGCAAGCUGUUAAGAACGUCAACGAACAAAUCGGACCAGCUCUAAUUGCGAAGGACUUUUGUCCAACUCAGCAGCGUGAGAUCGACCAGUUCAUGCUAGAACUUGAUGGAACUGAGAAUAAAGCGAAGCUUGGGGCUAAUGCAAUUUUGGGAGUUUCAUUAGCUGUUUGCAAGGCAGGUGCCGUUCACAAAGGUAUGCCAUUAUACAAGUAUAUCGCUGAAUUAGCAGGCACGAAGCAAGUCGUUUUACCGGUUCCAGCUAUGAAUGUCAUAAACGGUGGUUCUCAUGCAGGCAAUAAACUGGCAAUGCAGGAAUUCAUGAUCUUGCCAGUUGGAGCUAAGUCAUUCAGUGAAGCUAUGCGUAUGGGUUCCGAAAUUUAUCAUUAUCUAAAAGCUGAAAUUAAAAAACGCUAUGGUCUCGAUGCAACAGCUGUUGGAGAUGAAGGUGGUUUUGCUCCAAAUAUCCAAGAUAACAAAGAAGGUCUUGAUUUACUGAAUACAGCGAUCGCGACAGCUGGAUACACCGGAAAGGUGUCAAUUGCCAUGGAUUGUGCAGCAUCUGAAUAUUAUAAGGAAGCGGAUAAAAUGUAUGAUCUAGAUUUCAAAAAUCCUAAUUCCGAUAAAAGUCAGUGGAAGACCGGGGAUCAAAUGGCAGAAAUCUAUCAAUCCUUUAUUAAGGAAUAUCCAGUGGUUUCAAUCGAAGAUUGGUUUGAUCAGGACGAUUGGGAAAAUUGGAGUAAAGCAUUAGCCAAUGUCAAUAUUCAAAUCGUUGGUGAUGACUUAACUGUUACAAAUCCAAAAAGAAUUGCAUUAGCUGCUGAGAAGAAAGCUUGCAAUUGUCUGUUACUCAAGGUAAACCAAAUUGGAACCGUAACGGAAUCAAUCGAUGCUGCAAACCUAGCUCGUAAAAACGGUUGGGGUGUCAUGGUGUCACAUCGUUCCGGUGAAACAGAAGAUACAUUUAUUGCUGAUCUCGUCGUUGGUCUCGCUACUGGACAAAUCAAAACUGGAGCGCCAUGUCGUUCUGAGCGUCUUGCUAAAUAUAAUCAAAUACUUCGUAUAGAAGAAGAACUUGGUUCAGCUGCAAUUUACGCCGGUGAGAAAUUCCGAAAUCCGCAGGCAUAA